CAGAGCCCAGGGCAGGGGGAGAAGUUCCCGGUCCCGCCUCCUCGGGGCCGGAGCGGGCGGGGCCGGGGCCCGCGCGUCACUUCCCGCGGCCGGAAGGUUCCAGAGGUUCCACGGGGAGCCGCCAUGGCCGUGGCGCGGGAGGAGUUGCAGAAAGAUUUGGAAGAGGUUAAAGAGCUGCUCACGAAAGCCACUAGGAAGCGGGUGCGUGAUGUCCUUGCAGCAGAGAAACAAAAGCUGGAGCUGGAAAUCAAGAAUCAGCCUCCACCGAAGCCAAAAGAUGUGGCAGAGGAAGAAAAGUCAUCGCUGGGAGGAUACACAGUGAAAAUAAACAAUUAUGGUUGGGAUCAGUCAGAUAAGUUUGUUAAGAUUUACAUCUCUUUAAAUGGUGUCCAGAAGCUUCCAGCUGAGAAUGUGCAGGUGAAUUUCACAGAGAGGUCAUUUGAUCUGCUGGUGAAGAAUCUGAAUGGGAAGAACUACACCAUGACCUUCAACAACCUCCUGAAGCCCAUCUCAGUGGAAGGCAGCUCUAGAAAGAUAAAGACAGACAUGAUCCUUGUCAUGUGUAAGAAGAAGCGGGAGGAAAAAUGGGAUUGUCUCACUCAAGUGGAAAAAGAAAGCAAAGAGAAAGAGAAGGCUGCCUAUGACACCGCAGAUCCUAGUGAAGGGCUUAUGAACAUUUUAAAGAAGAUGUACGCGGAAGGGGACGAUGAGAUGAAGCGCACCAUCAAUAAGGCCUGGGUUGAAAGCAGAGAAAAGCAGUACAAAGGGGACAUACCAAUGGAUAUCUGAAAGCACUCUAAGGGCCGCCUUAAAACUGAUCUUCCAUGUGAGACACGCUGUGCUGCAAAGAUCAUCGUUUACAUAACCUUCUUCCAAGCAAAGACAGUCAUUUUCCAUUUCAGGUUGGAGAAAAUAUUUAAAUAAAAUAGCUUAUAAAGCAUUUCCUUCA